AUCAGGGAGGAAGUCAUGUGCAGAGGCUGGUCAAAAAAAAUAGUUAAAGAGUAGCACUUAUCAGCAGAACGCCACAUUUCACUAUGAAUCAGCUUCACUGCUGCAUCUUCUCACUUGUGCUCCUCAGCUUCACAGUUUGUACAUGUAGCGCCAGGACUGUAUACGGCUUUGAGGGUCAGGACAUCAAUCUCCCGUGCAAGUAUGACUCGGUUUAUCAUGGGGUAUGUGAUGUAUGCUGGAUGAAAGGAAGCAUCCCAAAUAAUGGGUGUGGUGAUCAAAUUAUUUACGCAAAUGAAAAAGAAGUGCUGUUGCGUAACAGUAAGAGAUAUCAGCUAAAUGGAAAUCUGAAGAUGGGAGAUGCCUCUCUCACUAUCCGCAACGCAAGAUUAAGUGACUCAGGAAAAUAUGGCUGCCGAGUCCAUAUACCUGGAUGGUUCAACGAUAAAAAAUUUGAGGUCAACUUAGCCAUCAGAAAAGCAAUGAAAACAACCACCACUCCGGGAUAUGUAACAACUACGCCACACACUCCUACACAAGCACCUGUUUUAACGACACAUGUGCCAACCACAUUCCCUGAGACCACUAAGCAAACAGAAACACCACAAACCAAUAUAACUACUACACCACUCAUUCCUACCCAGGGACCUGUUUCAACAACCCAGAAUGAUAUAGCCACCACCUCUGAGAAUGCGACCACUGUGAAUACAGGACCUGUUUCAACAACAAAUGAUAUAACAACCACCAGCCCUGAGAAAGUGACCACUAAGCAUACAGGACAAUUGAGUAAUGGAACAACCAGCCUCCCUGUGAAUGUGACCACUAAGCAUACAGAAACACCACAAACCAAUAUAACUACUACACCACUCAUUCCUACCCAGGGACCUGUUUCAACAACCCAGAAUGAUAUAGCCACCACCUCUGAGAAUGCGACCACUGUGAAUACAGCUUUGGUUACAACAGUUGUGAACUCAGAAAAUUACCCUGACGAAUCUUCUAUGGAGAACAAUAAGCCUGUGAAAGAAGUAAUAAUGCAUCCUGCAAUCUUGGUGCCAGUUAUACUGAUUCUGCUGUUUAUGGGAAUUGUUGCUCUUUACCUAAUAUCUAAACAUAAAAGAAGAUUCAGGGCAACACUAGGAAUAGCCAAGAACUCAUCCACUUUUGUUGACUACAACAACUUAGAGAACAGCGUGAACCUGCCGAUGACGAGCUCUUCUGAUAAUGAGAUGAGUUGAGAAUAUGACCAGAGAUCAUAUUACAUGAAAUUUACCUAUUAAAGAAUACACAUAAAUUUAAUUUGUUAUAAAACACUGUGAGUUUUAAUCAAUGUUUUUUUUAACUUUGUUUAAUUACUCAUUAUUUGUAAAAAAUGUGAAAAAUACAAAAUAGUUGGCCAAAAAAAAAAAAAAGUGCAAGCAGUAGGAUGUAAAAUACAUAAUGUUUUUUUUGUUUUUUUUUACUGCAGUUGGUUAUACUAUAGUUAGUAAAUGACAUGACAACUGAUAGUAACUUCAAUAAUAAUCAAUAAUCAAUAAUUGUAUUUUGAGAAGUAUAACUAUGACGGUGUAAAUGUGAUACUGCCUUGGGAUGAAAAUGAAAUAAAAACCAAUAAAACAUCAA